UUUUCUUCUGGUGCCUACCCCUGCUGAGGCCGAGCAGGAAGCGGGCGCGUUUGCCAUCAGCUAAGCUAACUUAGCUAAUAGCCUGACGGGGCUGGUAGACGACGUUAGCGCCAGGUCUAAACUUGAUGCCCACUCAACCGGCGGCGCUAGCUGGCUAAUAAUACAGCUACUGUCAGCAUUGUUGCAAGAAAGCAUUCUGCGGUGCAAAGAGGAAAAUCUGACUUCAAGAUGUCUGUGGCGGGCUUCAAGAAACAGUUUUAUAAAGCGAGCCAGAUGGUGAGUGAGAAGGUUGGAGGUGCAGAGGGAACGAAACUGGAUGAAGACUUUAGAGAUUUGGAGCGGAAAGUGGACGUGACAAGCAAAGCUGUGGCUGAUGUGAUCUCCAAGACCUCAGAGUACCUGCAGCCUAACCCAGCGUCGCGUGCGAAGCUGACCAUGCUGAACACGGUGUCUAAGAUCCGGGGGCAGGUGAAGAGCCCGGGGUACCCCCAGGCCGAGGGCCUGCUGGGGGAGUGCAUGUCCAAGUACGGCCGGGAGCUCGGAGAGGACACCAACUUCGGUGGCGCUCUUGUAGACGCAGGCGAGUCCAUUAAGAGGCUGGCCGAGGUGAAGGACUCUCUUGACAUCGAUGUGAAGCAGAACUUCAUCGAUCCUCUGCAGGCUCUCUGCGACAAGGACCUGAGAGAAAUCCAGCACCACCUGAAGAAGGUGGAGUCUAAGCGGCUGGACUACGACUACAAGAAGAAGCGUCAGGGGAAGAUUCCGGACGAGGAGGUGCGUCAGGCGCUGGAGAAGUUCCACGAGUCCAAGGAGGUGGCCGAGACCAGCAUGUACAACCUGCUGGAGACUGAUAUUGAGCAGGUCAGUCAGCUCUCGUCUCUGGUGGAGUCUCAGCUGCAGUACCACAGGCAGGCGGUGGAGAUCCUGGAGGAGCUGUCGGACAAGCUGCAGAUCAGGAUCAGCGAGGCCCAGUCCAACCCGCGCCGGGAGUACACCCCCAAACCCAAGCCCGCCUUCGACUACAGCGCCGACCAAUCCAACGGCAGCUUCGCGCCCGCCUUCGCUCCGCCCGCCCGCUCCUCAGUGUCCUCUGUGACGGAGCAGCCCUGCUGCAAGGCGCUGUACGACUUCGACCCGGAGAACGAGGGCGAGCUGGGCUUCCGCGAGGGCGACAUCAUCACGCUGACCAAUCGCAUCGACGAGAACUGGUACGAGGGCGAGCUGCACGGCCGCGCCGGGUUCUUCCCGCUCAACUACGUGGAGGUGAUGGUCCCUCUGUCACACUAGAGCGACAGGGGGGA